AUGUCAUCAACUACAGCAACCCCCACAGACGUUCCAUCAGGGAAUCCAGAGAAGCUGCAAACCCCUGAAGAAAGCGGUUUCAGUCAGAACAUUCAAUAUGACGAGAGCGCGAACAUCGAAAUGUCGGAAGCUCGACAAAAUUGGAAGAACAGCAGAUGGAAACGCAAGGUGAACUUUGACGAAAAUGAAAAGAGUGACUGGUGGUUUGCGUCUACGGCCAUUCCUCUUUUAGCAGCAAGCCUUGGUCCCCUUGCAAAUGUCCUUUCUAUUGCAGCUCUGGUUACCUUCUGGAGAGAGAAUGUGUUCAUCGACGAUAAAUUCGUCCCUGAUUUCCAAGGAGUUCCAUUUCGAGAUCCCCUAUGGUGCUACUGGCUGAACGUUGCCUCUCUAAUAUUCGGAUUCUUGGGUAACCUCUUCCUCCUCUUAAACUUUACUCAGCGAAUUCGCUACAUUAUUGCUCUUCCGGUCACAAUCAUCUUUUGGUAUCUGUCCACCGGAUUUAACAAGCUCAUGGCAAUAACUGCCUGCAUGCAUAUUUACGCACCACCAGUCCGCCCCUAUGAGACCUACACCCAAGGCUUUUGGUACGCCAUCGCUGCCGCAGCGUUGUACCUUGUUUGCUCUAUGAUUCUCAUGAUCAAUAUGCUUGGGUACUUCUUAGCCCAUUACCCUGACACUUUCAAUCUCACCGACGCUCAACGUACCUUGAUCUUGCAAACAAUGCUAUUCUUUAUUUGGCUAGCAGGAGGGGCCGCCAUCUUCGCACGCAUAGAAACAGAUGAUGGGGAGUCAGGGUGGGACUUCGCGGAUGCCCUAUACUUCUGCGAUGUAACUAUCCUGACUGUUGGAUUUGGUGACCUCUACCCUACAAACAAUAUCGGUCGCGGUCUUGUGUUCCCAUAUUCCGUUGGCGGUAUCAUUAUGCUCGGUCUUGUCAUCUCCUCCAUCUAUAAAUUCAUGCGGCAGCUGGGAGAAGAAAAUAUUGUUCACAAACAUCUCAAGCGUGCUCGAGAACGAACGAUCUCCCGUACAGUCACUAACUCGUUUGACCUCCGACAGCGCGAGCACGAAGUUCACCAUCUCGUUCGUAGGCGAAAUCUUCAUGCUGGGGACAUCAGCGCUCCGUUAGGGGGAAGGGCAUACAGAACAGUUAUGAGUAGUACAGCCCGCCGCGUAACAUCUAUUACACCGGUCCAGAACCGUCUCAUUCGCAAACCCCGGCUCAUCCUUAUGCGCGAAGAAAAGGACCGGUUUGAAGCAAUGCGAAGCAUCCAACGCUCAACCUCGAAAUUCAAGAAAUGGUACGCGCUAACUUUCUCUAUCUUUGCCUUCGGUAUUCUCUGGUGUGUAGGGGCAAUCGUCUUCUGGGAAGCCGAGAAACAUGCUCAAGGCAUGACAUACUUCCAAGCGCUUUACUUCUGCUACGUCUCACUUCUCACUAUCGGCUAUGGCGAUCUAUCCCCGAAAUCCAACGCUGGGAGAUGUUUUUUUGUGGCAUGGAGCCUCAUUGCAGUGCCAACCAUGACAAUUCUAGUAUCAGACAUGGGCGACACUGUUGUUGAGAAAUUCAAGAAUUGGUCCAGCCAGCUCGCCGAUUUCACUGUGUUACCGAAAGAAGGGAUCUGGAGAUCCUUUCUGGACAAACACCCCUGGCUUCUGAACUGGAUCCAAACAAGACUCGCCAGCCGAGCUGCGAAGAAGAGACUAAAGAAGGGAUUCGCCACUAUGGAUCCUUCGGAAGGCAAUCCUGAGAACGGUGAGGAAAUCGACGCCGAAGAAGAGGAAGACUUGCGUGCUACUACAAACCCGACGAUCCCGUCUCUCGCGGUAGAAGCGGAACAAGAUGCUGCAGGUCAUGUUCCAACGUCGUUUUCGCUUUCACGACGUCUGGCGUUGAGUAUUCGUCGUGUGGCAGCCGAUCUCCGGCUUCCGAAAACGAAGAAAUAUACCUAUGAGGAGUGGGUCGAAUUUACACGUUUAAUACGGUUUACGAAGAGCACUGCAGGUGAGCGGGGCGAAGGUGUACUGCAAGAAGAGGAAGAGGAAGGCCUUGUUGAGUGGGAUUGGAUUGGCGAUGAUAGUCCGUUAUUAAGUGGGCUCGGUGAGAGCGGAUGGUUGCUUCAGAGCCUUUGUGAGAGUCUUGUGAGAUUGGAGAAACGAAAGGAGGCGGAGAAAAAGAAGAAGGAGAAGGAGAAAGCGCUAUUCAGACUUGAUCCUUUGAAAGAAAAGAGUGAAGAUGGCACAGAGAAAGAUAAAGAUGAAGACAAAGAGAAAGAGAAAGAUAUAGGUAUGCAAGAGGCUAGAGGGUCUGGUAUAGAGGAAACAGAUGAGAUUCGGGAAGAGAGAAAGGAUGCACAGAACCAAGUGCUGGUUUCUGGAGCAAAUGGGAAGGGUCCCGAUUAG